AUGAGUCCACGGCAUCCCCCUUGCCCCACCAAGCAUGGCUCCACAGAGUGGCAAUUGCUCAACCUGCCAGAUAGUCUUCGGCAUGGCCUGAAGCCUCGGUGGAAUAGGGUUUCAAACAGGUUCCAGAAAGCCAAGGGUGGCAAACCUCAGAGGACAACCACCCCAGAAACGGACAGUUUGAACGAACUGAACCUUAUCUCCCCUAUGACACCCAUUCAGUACGACCCAAUCAUGCCCCAGGAGAUUCGACUACCUCCAGUGAUGGAUUUUGGAGGAGGCAGCAUCUACGUCACAGAAACGAUGAAGAGCAUGGUCCCCCCUCACAUCUCCCCCACUGGUGUAAAGCCAGGCUUUGCCCGCAAGGCCAUGCCCCCUGGACGCAAGAUUGUUCCUGGGGGUGUGGAAGAGCUGCCCCGUCAUGCAACCAAUUCUAAGCUCUUAAAAUCCAGUUUGGGGACUGGUGGAUUGUCUCCUGCACUGGGUCCAAGUCCACAGUCUUCCGGUGAGGCAGGUGGCCUUGGACACAUGCUUAAAGUGCGAGGAUACCAAGGGCGGAAACAGGAUGGAGGCCAGCAAAAGCGACUGAGUGGGAGUGGAGGUGAGGGUGACCUCUUGGUUUCGUCAAUGGAGAGUGGAGGCUCUGGAGGCUCCUCCCUGAAGACCGUCACCUCUUCCAAGUCAUCCAAGUCAUCCCGUUCGACAGCCACACUCGUCACCCGCAAUGACAGUGGUAGCACAACAGGUGCAAGCUCAACAGCAACAACAACAACAUCUUCUGCAGCACAACACUUGACCCUCAGUCUGGGGUCAGGUCAGCUGUCGGAGGUGCUGCAGAAGCUCGCCCUUAACCAAUAUCUGGACGUGUUCCUUGAGCAGGAAGUGGACCUGGACGCUUUUCUGGAACUCUCAGACGCUGACUUACAGGACCUGGGGAUCACCACUGCUGCAGCGAGGACCAAAAUCCUGCGAGCCAUUGCCAGUCUCAAGGCCAAGGUUUGAUGCUGGUUAAGCUGCCUAGACAACUUCAUUUGUGAUUGAAAUUUUGGUGCUUUAAUUGUGUGAUUAUUAUAUCACAUUAAAUGCAUACAGCAAGUGCCUUAUGAGUUAUCAAGUAAACAUAUUGUUUUUUUACAGAUAUACUCAAAGCCAAAAAUAUAUAAAUAAUAUAUCUAAACCAAAGCUUAGGUAAAGAGUGGUUUGUGAAUUCUUAUUUUUGUACAGAAUCUUGUGUACAAUGUGAUUAUAGGCAAGUAUGUUUCAUAUGUUUAAUGAAAUUAGGCACUAGUCAUGAUUGAUAAUUUAUAUUAUAAGGAAAACAGACAGAAAAGUAACUGAAUGUGAAUUGUAAGGAAGGUAUGAAUGAAAAAUAAUUUGACAAUACAAGCAAAGUAAUAAUUUUAUUUCAAUGUCGCAUGUAAUAUCAAAAGAUGUCAAUUGCAUCUCUUGUAUUCAGAAAUUAUUUUCUCUUAUUCAUACCUUUUCUAUAUGUGUCAGUUUGGAAUUAGUGUGAUAGCAUAUGUGCACAUUUGACCGUGUGAAUGUGUGAGUGUGUGCACAUGUGUUGUGUGUGCACAAGGUCAGUACAUAAGACAAAUGAAACAAUAAAGAAAAGAGUUAUUAUUAUAUCAGGGCAUUAAAGAGAGUAUAUUAUAAC